UAUUUACCGUCUUGCCACUUUGACAGUCAAUGAAGACGUGUGUUGAUUUUUGAUGUGUUUUUUCGUGUUUUACGUUAAUUUCUGUUAAUUGGCAACUGAUAAAUAAUAAUUCGUGAUGUCGUUUAUGCCUCUAUGGCCGAAUCUUCAACCCAGAUCGACGGAUCCCUUGUGGUUUAACGCAGAUCGACCAAUUGAUGACGAGAGUGAAGUUUCUAGUUUAGAGCAGGAACAUCAACAAUGGAGAGAACAUAUCCGAACUGAAGGCUCCGAACAUGUCCCUAUCGGAAAAGAUGCGAGAGACUUCCGCGGUUCUGAGGAAGAGGAAGAAGAGGAGGAGGAGGAAGAAGGAGAAGGUGAGGAGGAGGAAGAAUCAGAUACCCAUGAGGAAGAGGAGGAAGAAUUAGACGAAAUGGACAUGGAAGUCAGUUAUUCUCAUCAACAACAAAGAUCAAGUCCGACCGAAACUGUAACAGAUCCAGUGUCUAUCAGAAUGUCUAAUGCACUGGAUCAGUCCCUAGAUUAAUAAAAUGAGUGGAUUUCGUCGAUGGAUAGGCUGCCUGAUCUUACAAGUGAAUAGGAAAAAAUCUCCAUCACGAUGAAACGAAGGUAGACCAAGUCACUAUUUAUGGGAUGCAAAUUAUAUUCCAAAAGGGAGCAAAAAAUGUCUUUUAGGUUAAAUAUAAAAUUUAAAUUGAUUUUGAAUACAUUAUUUAAGAAAAUAGUUAUAAUUAUUCGAGUAAAGUAAUAAUAAGAAAUUAGUAAGCAGGCAGAUGUGUAAAACUACGGAUAUGUUAAUUAAAAAAAUUGUAUUUGUACUCCAGUGCAA